CAGAGCAAAGUGAAGAAGAAGAAUUUAACGGUUCCCGGUUGUUGAACCGCUCCAGUCUCCGGUCUCCACGGUGCCGGUGGUUUACAAACAGUCUCUGAACUGGAGUGUGUCGCAUCAACCCAGCAGCUUCAUUUAACCUAACCUGGCUAACUCACCGCGAUGUUUUCCCACCAAGCAGCUCCGUAGUUGACAACUUAAACCUCACUAACGGAGCAUCGCUGCACCCAAAGAGCCCGCGCGAUGGAGGAGGGCUCUGAGAUAAUGGAGGAUAUCAUAUUUCGUGGAGUGGAGUUUGCUGUGAAGGUAGAGCUGGAGAAGGGUGUGCUGAUAGUGGAAGUCUCUGACUCUAUGACAGCAGAUCAAUGGAGGGGGGAGUUUGAUCCAGCAUACAUUGAAGAUCUCACCCGCAAAACUGGCAACUUCAAGCAGUUUCCCAUUUUCUGUAGCAUGUUGGAAUCAGCUGUUAGAAAGAUGAGUGAUUCUGUUACACUCGACCUCCUGACCUAUGCUGACCUGGAGCUGCUUCGUAACAGAAAAGCUGGAGUGGUUAGUCGCCCUCGCAGCCAUCAGCAGUCAUCUGCUCUCACUGCCAAAAGAUAUCUAAUCCUCAUUUACACUGUGGAGUUUGACAGGAUACACUACCCCUUGCCGCUGCCCUAUGUUGGUAAGCCUGACCCGGCUGUGCUGCAGAAGGAAAUAAGAGCUCUGAGGGCUGAGCUCAGCGCUCUCACCUCUCAUGGAGUUAAUAAAUCUGCAGAACUGGAAAUACACCGACUACGAGCAGAGCUCACUCUGGUGAAAGAAGAGAAAGAGGCAAUAGCCAAGAUGCUGGAGCGACUGCAGAUCAGUGGUGAUGGAUCCAUGCCUGCACGAGAGGACCGGAGGGGCAGAGAUGUGGUGAGAACGCUGGAGGAGCAGCUUGUCAAGGAGAGGGCCAAAAGUCAACGAUCAGCGAGCAAGAGAUGCCAGGAGCAGCGACUCCUGAUGGAGCAGUUGGAGGAGCUGAGGUCGUCUGAGUUGGCUCUCCGCGUUCGUGUCAAGAGUCUCACCAACGAACUGGCGCUACUACGGAGAGGGUUAGACAAUCUAAGCGUGAGAGUGACGCCUGUUUCUGGUCGCGCCAGCUCUCGAGUUGAUGGGGAAAUCUAUCGCUCUCUCUCCCGCGAGAGAAGGUACGGGAACGUCAGGGCUCGCUCGGGAUCCAGAGAACGGAUGGAGGACAGAGGGCAAAGGUCAGAGGAGAGAGGAAGAAGAGCGGACUCCUCGGGACCUCGUGCCCGGAUACCGAGGCCGUCACCUUCUCCUACGGGGUCACGGGCACGCUUUGACCCAACCGCUUACAUCCAGGACAGACAGCGCAGGCAGAAGGAAGCAGACCUCAAAAAACAGAGGAAAGUGCGGAGGGACAUGCUGACGUCACCCAUUGUCCCUGAGAGAGGGCGCUCACGUUCCAGAGAGGCCUAUCCUCACAUGACCCGGUCUGGCAGCAGAGGCAGGAGUUUAUCUCUGGAGCGCAGAGGGAGUAGGAACUCAUCCGAAAGCUCGUUAGUGGAUAUGGACGAAAUGGCCAAUACUAUGUUCAGGGGAAGAAAACAGACUUUCAAUGGCCCCAGUGUGUCCAGAGGAGGCCAUCUGACCAGGAAGCCAUUAUGUAGCACUCCGACACACAGAAUGAAGGACAAAGAUGGCUCCAUGGAUACAGGCGCUGAGCUGUCGGAGAUUGAUGCCAGGCUGCAGGCUCUUCAGGAAUACAUGAGGGACCUGGAUACAGGACACUAACGAUGACCCACUGCACACAUCACACUUGGAUAUGCUCACUAACGACUGCACAGCUUCUUUUCUUUUACUGUGCAUCAACUGAAGGAACACCUGCUCCAAACAUGAGCCAUGAGUUAACCAGUGUACAUGUAAAGAGACUAAAACUCCCUCUGGGGAAUCAGAUUUCCAGGUUUACAGGAAACUACUGCCAUCACUGUGAAGGUCACUGGACGACCUUUUGUGGACUGAAAUUAUUAUUAUUUUUUAAUAUAACAUGUUUUUAUUAACGUAAAAGAUGUGGCGUCAUUUCCUUUCUCUUUUACACCUCACAAACCCAAACAAGUGCAUACAUGGAUGUAAAAUCUGUCUAUACCCAAGUGUUUUUCAUUUUUAAACUUUUUAAAUAACAGUAUGGGUUGCAUUCUUUCCACAGGGCUUGAAGAUCAGUUGUUGGUCAUUAUGCAGCACAAUGCGUCUGUUGUAUGUGAAAUCUUUCUUUCUGGACAUGUUUAAGUCAGGUGACUUAACUUAUACUGAAAGGUGUGAAUGUGAUUGUGUGAUAGUAAAUAAACGGACUGUUGUCUCUUCCACCUACAGUGUGCUGGGAUUGACUCCAGCUCCUGAACCGUGAACUGUGAAUUAUAUAAAUUGAAGAAAUGACUGAUUGCAUGCACGUCACCACAGGAUUUGAUGCUUUGAUGUCAUUCCAUUCAGUCUUUUUUUUUUUUUUUCCCAUCUGUGUGUUUAAAUGUACAUUCUUUCUUGCUCAACUUCAAACUCAACAUUACCAGUGCUUUAUAUCAUUAUAGUUAAUAGCAUUAAAUAACUAGUUGACCCACCUUGUGCAUUAAAAUUCAGCCUUUUUCCACUCCUUGAACCUUAAUGGAACUAAUUCUGUUUGACAUUAUAUCCCAAACUCAAACAGUUAAAGCUACAUACAAAUGCCAUUAAUCAGCAUUUGAAAAAAGGAAAUAAGACUCAUCAUUAAAGAUAAACUACGGUUGACGAAGCUGAAGUUGUUUCAGACAAACGGUGGAUUUUAUAUAAUACACUUUCAUGGUGAUGUGUAUGCAUGGAUAUACCGACACUAUGUACAACAGCACCUUCUUUCAUAUGAUGAAACUGCCAAAUUUUCUGCAUGAAACUGCUGUAUAUGUAUGUGCACAAAGACUGUUACCCCCAUUUUCACCUUAUU